AUUCUAGACGACAUCAGAGAAGGAGUCGUGUUGUAUUUGUCUCUGUUCUCCACGUCUACGUACAAAAGAACCCGCAGCACUGAACGGCCAAUCCUCCACUGCAGCUCACGUGUGGCCUCCGUCAUAGUAUCAGUCGUCAAGGCCAGUUUUAGAUCCCAUCUUCAUAUUCCAUCCUCCUCUAGGCAGACAAUAACCGACACACCUCUCCUUUGUUUUCCUCCGCUUGACGAAAAGAUCGGUACUGCAAUACGUGGAGAAAGUCUCUUAUCAAAUAUUCACCAUGGCCACACGACGCAAUGUCACGUCUGAGAAGACGAUUUCCGAGACACAGAGUGGCCCGUCUACAGCCGAUCAGGUUUCGGACACGACACCUGCAGUCCCAACCCACGUUAUCUACAAGCUCCUCUUCUUCACUGCGGCCAUGGUAUGUGUACCCAUUGGUUCGUACUUUUUGACACUUCACACCAUUUUUGGAGGCAAAGCCGUAUGGGCUGGCGCUUUGGCCGCCAUCAUGGCGAAUGUCGUCUUGAUAGCCUAUAUCAUCAUGGCUAUGAGAGAAGAUCAGUCUGAAAAGGCCGAGGCUGGGAACAAACGAAAGAAGGCUCAGUAACCACCGAGGCAGCAUGAUCUACGCAUACGGCAUCUUCGCUGUAGAGUUCAGCUUCGCGAAAUGAGUGCGGUGCAAUUCCAUCCUUGGUCAAGUACAGUCUAUGAACGCAUCUGAGACCAAGUCUGCAUCUUGAGCUUUACGAGCCAAUAUGAGCCCGUGCUACUCUCAUCCUGCCAAGAUUAUCUCCUCCAGCUCUCCCUGACAACCAACUCUAGGGAGUCUUGUCGUUAUCCAUCAUCAAGUCGCCAUGGAGAUUACAUCAGACAUUAUUCAUAAUAUUUGGCCGCCUUCCGCCACGCAUGUUUGUGAUAUGCAAAUGCGAGAUAACGUGUUCCCAAGGCCAUCGUAUGUCAAUUCCAAUACGCCAAAAAUGUUCAUCGAAAGCGAGCGUCCAUAAAAUAAAAUUUUCCUCCGAUCAAUGGUCACGUCGACUGAAUCUUCGCUUGAUCCAGCUCUGUUUCUUUUGGGGUGACUCCGGGGGAGAAUCCAUACCAUCUCCAGAACCUCCGAGUUUGAUAGGCUGGCGAGGGUUGUUGGGAGCCAUGUUGACAGGGACACUGUUCUGAGCAUACAUGCCGUCAUUCAUGUUGUAUGGUGCAAAAGGCUUGUUCGUGACGGCGGGCUGGCUGAACUUGAGUUCAUUUGCAUAUGGAUUCUCCGGACUAUAGUUUCUGUCAUUGCCAUCCGGCUUGGGGCGUGAAAGUUGAUGCAACUGGUCGAAAGAACUAUUUUGCGAACUGGGGUUGGUCGACUUUCCAUACUCCUCUGAACCCGAAGUCAUGGUCUCAUAAGAAUGUUGGUAGGAAUGUGCAGAAACCGG